GGAGAGGCAUUUAAAGAAAGACGCCGACUAAGAACUUCACUCAGCAAAAUGGCAAUUUGGAGAGGAAUCUGUGUGGUGACUGUUCUUAUCCUUCUGGCAACAGGAUCUCACUCACAGCAGAAUGUGUGCGGAAGGCCAGCCCUCAACACCAGGAUUGUGGGGGGUGAGGACGCCCCAGAGGGAAGCUGGCCUUGGCAAGUCAGUCUGCAACUGAGCGGGAGUCAUGUGUGUGGAGGGUCUCUCAUCAACAACAAAUGGGUGCUGUCUGCUGCUCAUUGCUUCAGGAGCGACUCAAAUCCGGCACACUGGCGCGUUUAUGUGGGUCGGCAGGUCCAGUCGGGCACCAACCUACAUGAACAGAGUAGAACGGUCACAAGGAUCAUCCGUCAUCCCAAAUACAACAGCGCGACCAACGACAACGACAUGGCCCUGCUGGAGCUGUCCUCCAUCGUCGGCUUCAGCAACUACAUUUUGCCCGUAUGCCUGGCGGCAGACGGCAGCACAUUCUAUAACGGCACCGACAGCUGGGUCACCGGCUUCGGCACACUCAGCGAAGACGGGUCACUGGCUAAUGUUCUGCAGGAGGUAGAAAUUCCCGUGGUGGGGAACCGAAAAUGUAACUGCCUAAAUGGAGUCGGUUCCAUCACCAGCAACAUGAUCUGCGCUGGCCUACUGGAAGGAGGCAAAGAUUCAUGUCAGGGAGACUCCGGGGGUCCGAUGGUGAGCAAGCAGGGCUCGCUCUGGGUCCAGUCAGGAGUCGUCAGCUUCGGAGAAGGCUGCGCACGUCCUAAUUUGCCGGGGGUUUACACCAGGGUGUCCCGCUAUCAGGCCUGGAUCACGUCCACUAUUAAGACAAACGCCCCAGGUUUCGUCAGAUUCACAUCCAGCGGGACAAACAGUGACGACAGCGUCACAUCAAAUCCCUGCAGCAAUGCUCCAACAUCUAGUAUAAACCUUCAUGCUCCUCUGUCUUUUUGUCUGCAAGUGUGCGGAAGGCCGGCCCUCAACACCAGGAUUGUGGGGGGUGAGGACGCCCCAGUGGGAAGCUGGCCUUGGCAGGCCAGUCUGCAUCUGAGCGGGAGUCAUGUGUGUGGAGGGUCUCUCAUCAACAACAAAUGGGUGCUGUCUGCUGCUCACUGCUUCAGGAGCGACUCAAAUCCGGCACACUGGCUCGUUUAUGUGGGUCAGCAGGUCCAGUCGGGCACCAACCUACAUGAACAGAACAGAACAGUAGUAAGUAUCAUCCGUCAUCCCAAGUACAACAGCGCGACCAACGACAACGACAUGGCCCUGCUGGAGCUGUCCUCCACCGUCGGCUUCAGCGACUACAUUUUGCCCGUAUGCCUGGCCGCGGACGGCAGCACCUUCUAUAACGGCACCGACAGCUGGGUCACCGGCUUCGGCAGACUCAGCGAAGGCGGGUCACUGGCUAACGUUCUGCAGGAGGUAGAAAUUCCCGUGGUGGGGAACCGAAAGUGUAACUGCCUAUAUGGAGACGGUUCCAUCACCAGCAACAUGAUCUGCGCUGGCCUACUGACAGGAGGCAAAGAUUCAUGUCAGGGAGACUCCGGGGGUCCGAUGGUGAGCAAGCAGGGCUCAGUCUGGGUCCAGUCAGGAGUCGUCAGCUUCGGAGAUGGCUGCGCGCGUCCUAAUUUUCCGGGGAUUUACACCAGGGUGUCCCGCUAUCAGGCCUGGAUCACGUCCACUAUUACGACAAACACCCCGGGUUUCGUCAUGUUCACAUCCAACGGGACGAACAGUGACGACAGCGUCACAUGCCCAGGCCUGCCUCCCAUCGUAGCCAUCACCACCCGGCCUUCCACGCCCAGCCCCAUGUUGUGCGGAAGGCCGGCCCUCAACACCAGGAUUGUGGGGGGUGAGGACGCCCCACCGGGAAGCUGGCCUUGGCAAGCCAGUCUGCAUCUGAGCGGGAGUCAUGUGUGUGGAGGGUCUCUCAUCAACAACAAAUGGGUGCUGUCUGCUGCUCACUGCUUCAGGAGCAACUCUAAUCCGGCAGACUGGCUCGUUUAUGUGGGUCGGCAAGUCCAGUCGGGCACCAACCCACAUGAACAGAACAGAACAGUAGUAAGUAUCAUCCGUCAUCCCGAUUACAACAGCGCGGCCCUGGACAACGACAUGGCCCUGCUGGAGCUGUCCUCCACCGUCGGCUUCAGCGACUACAUUUUGCCGGUAUGCCUGGCGGCGGACGGCAGCACCUUCUAUAACGGCACCGACAGCUGGGUCACCGGCUUCGGCAGACUCAUCGAAGGUGGGUUGCUGGCUAACGUUCUGCAGGAGGUAGAACUUCCCGUGGUGGGGAACCAAAAGUGUAACUGCCUAUAUGGAGAUGGUAUCAUCACCAGCAACAUGAUCUGCGCUGGCAUACUGGAAGGAGGCAAAUCUCCAUGUCAGGGAGACUCCGGGGGUCCGAUGGUGAGCAAGCAGGGCUCGCUCUGGGUCCAGUCAGGAGUCGUCAGCUUCGGAGUUGGCUGCGCGCGUCCUAAUUUUCCGGGGGUUUACGCCAGGGUGUCCCGCUAUCAGGCCUGGAUCACGUCCACUAUCACGACUAACACCCCAGGUUUCGUCAGAUUCACAUCCAGCGGGACGAACAGUGACGACAGCGUCACAUGCCCAGGCCUGCCUGCCAUCGUACCCUCCACCACCCCCAAGCCUGUGGUGUGCGGCAGCGCUCCCCUGAACAGCCGCGUUGGUGCGGGGAGUGGCCUGGCAGCGAGCGGGGCGUGGCCCUGGCAGGUCAGUCUGCAAAGGAACGGCUCCCACGUCUGCGGGGGCACCCUCGUCUCUGAGGAGUUCGUCAUGAGCGCCUCACAGUGUUUCUCCAGCCCCAAUCCCAACCCUGCGGAAUGGACCGUGUUUUUGGGUCGUCUGAGCCAGAACGGAUCCAACCCCUUCCAGAUGGCCGUGAACGUGUCGAACAUCACCCUGAGCAACCGGACCGGCGCCAACGUAGCGCUGUUGAAGCUGGCCGGCAAGCCGACGCUCACCGACUACAUCCAGCCGGUGUGCGUGGACCUCGUCGGCACGGGCUUUGGCGUAGGAACACAGUGCUGGGUGACCGGCUGGGGAGCCGGCCAGGGAGGAGCGCAGCAAAUUCUGCAGGAGUUCCAGACCACCAUAGCCAGCUGUGGGAACGGCUCCUCCUCCGACAACAUCUGCACUCAACUUCUGCCGCUGCAGCAGGGAGAUGAGGGCGGGCCCUUGGUGUGUAAGCAGGGAAAUUCCUGGGUCCAGUUGGCAGUGAUCACAGUGGACGGCAGCAGUAAUGCCACUCAGAACAGCAGCAGCAGCAGAAGCAGAAUGGACCCCGCUGUCCAGGUUUUCACCAAAACCGCCACGUUUUCCAUGUUCCUCCGCGAGAACGUGGGCAGCUUCCCUCCCCCGGCCUCCCCCGUCACCCCAGCACCGUCCUCCGGCCCCUCCGGCCCCUCCGUUUCCAAAACGACGAGCGAGGCCGCUCACCUUCUCCCUCUCUCCUCCGUCCUCCUACUCCCUCUCUUCCUUGGCUUUCUGUCCAGUUGCUCAAGCUAGGACCAUGCAGCUGUUUGUGCUGCGUACUGGCUGGCUAGGGUACCACUAACCUGUUACUGUUUUUCAAACUUUCCAAAAUAUACCAAGAAUGCAUAAAAUAUAUUACACUCAAGAAAACUUUACCCGGGUUAUAUCAGAGAUGCUUAUGGACAGGUUCAGUGGCAGAUUUUUUGAAUGUAUUCUUCAUAUAUUCAUUCAUUCAUGGUUAAGCUCACAGGAAACAAAAGCACUAGUCUUGGGGCAGUGCUGCACUCCACAGUUCAGAAGCGGAUCCUGACGCUGUCGGUGCCUGCUGUGGGCGGGGUUUCCUCAGGCCUAUGCAGGGAAGGAGGGAGGGUUUCAAUCUCCAGGGCAUCCUCACUGUGCAAUAGUGACUCCUCGUGGAAUUGCAGUGUGUGUUUUUAGGGACGCGUGCACUUGUGUGUGUUUUUUAAAUCUGCAGUAGUAAGUUGCAGCUAUGGUACUGUGUGAUAUAAAAUGGAGGAACAAGUAAACACUUGAUGACACAAAAUAUUUAGAACAGACUGUAUUACUGUGUGUGUGUGUGUGUG